GAAUGAAGCAUAUAACCAAGGUCUUCGGAGCUUGUAAAUAUGUUUUCUUCUUCAAAUGGCGGUAAGAAGCCCCCGCAGCAGGAGAUGGUCCAAGUUGAGAGAUCUGAAUCUUCCUCUCCUUUCUGGCGGACUAGAGCCGCAGAAGGACGCCGUGAUGCGUCUCCCAAGAAGCAGUCUGCACGGGAUCCUGGUCUGGUUGUUGGAGCCUCAUACUCUCAUGCCGAUAUGAUGAGGUUCGAUAAUCUAUCUUUGUCCUCGUCUUCGACACGCCCUAGAACACCCCCUUCUAGUUCAUCGCACAAGUCUCGGGGCGAUACCCCUCCUCUGAACCGUGGAGCAGCUGGCCUUACAUCCCCGCCGAGACGAAACUACACAGACUUUUUGUCGAAAACGAAUAACGACUGGAACGCUGACGAUGAAGCGGACGAAUAUGAUGAGUACGGUUAUGAUAACGAUGACGGGGACGAUUUUGGAUUACCCAGUAUAUCCAGCAUGAAACGGAAGAGCAAGAAAGGCCCGCAGCAGACUAGCAUCGACAAUGGAGGGAAUAUAUCGCAGUUUGGCCAUGGCUUACAGGGAGGGUUUGGAGGAUUUGGCACCAGGAGGCUUUCAAAUAGUGCCGAUAUUGCCAUUGAGCGCCCAACACCUAGUUAUCCAGUCGCAAAGAAAUCCGAGGGCAAGAUUUUACGGCCACAAUACAAGGAAAUUCUCAGAGAUCCCGCCAAUUCUUUACACCUCAUAAACCAUCCGCCCGUCCCAAUAAAUGCUACUCCGAAAGACGUGGAUGUGCACUCGGCCCGUAUAACAAGAAUCAACAAAUUCAAGAAGAUACUUCAAGCAACUUCAAUCAGCUUGACGGAAUUGAGAGCUGCAGCAUGGUCUGGUGUUCCAGAAGAAGUGCGAGCAAUGACGUGGCAGCUCUUACUUGGUUAUCUCCCAACGAGCAGUGAACGUCGUGUAGGGACUUUAGAACGUAAGCGGAAAGAAUACCUCGACGGAGUGAGGCAGGCCUUUGAGAGGGGUGGGAACAGUUCUGGACAGUCUGGUAAGAUACGGGGUCUGGAUGAAGCAAUAUGGCAUCAGAUUAGUAUUGAUGUGCCUCGAACAAACCCUCACUUGGAACUUUACAGUUAUGAAGCCACUCAGCGAUCAUUGGAACGGAUCCUCUAUGUAUGGGCGGUGCGGCAUCCUGCGAGUGGCUACGUACAAGGCAUCAACGACCUUGUCACACCUUUUUGGCAGGUCUUCCUCGCAAGUUACAUUACAGACUCGGAUGUUGAGAGUGGGAUGGAUCCAGGACAACUUCCAAAAGCCGUACUGGACGCUGUGGAAGCCGACACUUUUUGGUGUAUUACCAAGCUGCUGGACGGCAUCCAGGAUAACUACAUUUUUGCCCAGCCCGGUAUUCAACGACAAGUCGCGGCACUCCAUGAUUUGACAGCUAGGAUAGACGAGCCUCUUGCAAAACAUUUGGAGCAGGAGAGCGUUGAGUUCAUUCAAUUCAGCUUCAGGUGGAUGAAUUGCCUCCUCAUGCGGGAGAUUAGUGUCAAGAACACUAUAAGGAUGUGGGACACAUAUAUGGCCGAAGAACAAGGGUUCUCUGAAUUCCAUCUCUACGUUUGCGUAGCAUUUCUUGUCAAAUGGUCGGAUAAAUUACGAAAGAUGGACUUCCAAGAAGUGAUGAUGUUUCUCCAAGCACUACCCACGAGAGACUGGACCGAGAAAGACAUCGAACUUCUACUGAGUGAAGCCUUCAUCUGGCAGUCACUAUUCAAAGGUUCUACGUCCCAUUUAAAAGGAGGCGCAAGUACAACACCGUCGAACGCUGCUCCUCGAGGAUGA